CCUCCUCCUCCUCCUCCCUGACUGACAGGCUGAGGCGAAGCGAAACAAAAUGGCGGACAGGUUCUCCCGCUUCAACGAGGACAGGGACUUCCAGGGUAAUCACUUUGAUCAGUAUGAAGAAGGCCACUUGGAGAUUGAGCAGGCAUCCUUAGACAAGCCUAUAGAAUCGGAUAAUAUUGGACACCGCCUGCUACAGAAGCAUGGUUGGAAGCUGGGCCAGGGUUUGGGGAAGUCUCUCCAGGGUAGGACAGAUCCUAUCCCCAUCGUUGUCAAGUAUGAUGUCAUGGGCAUGGGGCGGAUGGAAAUGGAGCUUGAUUAUGCUGAAGAUGCUACAGAACGGAGGAGGGUCUUGGAAGUGGAGAAGGAAGAUACCGAAGAGCUGAGGCAGAAAUACAAGGAUUACAUGGAUAAAGAAAAAGCAAUUGCCAAGGCCCUCGAAGACCUCCGAGCCAACUUCUAUUGUGAACUCUGCGAUAAACAGUACCAGAAGCAUCAAGAGUUUGACAACCACAUAAAUUCCUAUGACCAUGCCCAUAAACAGAGGUUGAAAGAUCUCAAGCAAAGAGAGUUUGCUCGUAAUGUCUCAUCAAGAUCCCGGAAAGAUGAAAGGAAGCAGGAGAAAGCCCUCCGGCGUCUGCAUGAGCUUGCUGAGCAGAGAAAACAGCCUGAAUGUGCUCCAGGAAGUGGACCAAUGUUCAGAACCACCACUGUGGCUGUCGACGAAGAAGGAGGGGAGGAGGAGGUGGCAGAUGUGGCAGCUCCCAGUGGCUGUUCCUCCUUCCCAGUGGCUUCUGGGCAGACUGUCAAUGUGACCAUAGAGAAAAACAUUGUUAAUUCCAGUGGGCUGGCCAGUGGCAACUCAGGGCUUGGGCAGGUUCCUCUACAGAUGCCGCAGACCAUCAGCCUGGGAGUCAACCCUCUUCAGAAGAUAGGGGUGUCUUUCUCCUUUGCCAAAAAGGCUCCUAUGAAGCUGGAGUCCAUCGCCUCUGUCUUCAAAGAUCACGUGGAUGAGACUGGUCCUCCUGAUGAAAUCAAAGCCGAUGAUAGAGCCCCUUCAGACGCUGGAGCUUUCGGUAAGAUCGGAGAAGCAGAGAGGACAAACAGCCCUGACAGCAAGGGAGAUGAGGAGGAACAGCAGCAUGAGAAAGAUGGAGCAGGGGCCAGCACCCCACAGUCGAAACUGAAAAAAAUAAAACGAGAGGACGGGCCAUUGGCAGUAGAACCAGAAUAUUAUCACUAUAUCCCGCCAGCCCACUGCAAGGUGAAACCCAACUUCCAGUUCCUGCUAUUCAUGAAGGCCACGGAGCAGGUGGAAGCCAAAGCUGUGAGCAAGAAAGUGGCACGUGAAAGGAAACAGAGUAAUUCCCCCAAGCCCAGAGUGGCCAAGAAUGGUGAUAAGGUGGCAGUAGCAGAGUGUGCCAACCAACUGAAAGAACCCAGCCCCACCAGCCCCACCAACAAAAGCAACAAAAUGGAAGACAAAGACAUUCUGGAGGAUGCCAGUGAACUGGAAGGCAAACAGCCCAAGGAAGGCAACACUACAGAGUUGGGUGCCCUGAAAGACCCUCCCCACCCCACCCCAGACAGUAAAGAAGCAGCAGAUGGGCCCAAGCAUUUAACAGGGCCUUUCUUCCCUGUGCUGAGUAAAGAUGAGAGCACCACCCUCCAAUGGCCUUCAGAAUUGCUUAUUUUCACCAAAGCAGAACCCUCAGUUUCAUAUAGCUGCAAUCCCUUGUAUUUUGACUUUAAGUUGUCUCGAAACAAAGACAGUAAAGCAAAAGGGGCAGAAAAACAGAAAGCGGCAACCAGUCUUUCAAAAGAAAACACACCAUCUGCCGAGGGUGGAGAGGCAAGUAAGAGCAAAGAACCAGGCCUCCCUCCUGGCAGCUCCUCCACCCUGCCAGAAAGCAAGUCCCUGCCAGCAUGCAGUAAGCAGGAAUCCAGCCCUGUGAGCGCAGGCAGGAGUGAAGGCCCAGAAGAUGGCAGCAAAGGCAACCUUGUCAGCCACAAAGACAAGCUGGGGAAGUCCCAUAAGCACAAAAAGAAGAAAAAGCACAAGAAAUCCACCAAACAGAAACGCCGACGCAAGGGCAAGGCAGAAGAGAAAAGCUGGGAAGGGGACUUGGCAGAAGAGAGGUCCAAGAAGCGAAAGAAACACAAACACAAAAAGAGUAAAUGUUUAUUUCCCACUGAGGGUGAGCGAGCACAAGAGAUCGAAGACGUUGGCCAUCCCAAGAAAAGAAAGUGGUGCCCUCCAGACUCCCAGCGGAAAUCUGUCUCCACUGAAGAAGGCGGCGGCAGCAAGAGAGAGGACAGCGGCACCUCGUCUCAAGAGCACAGCAGCAAAAAACACAAAGGGGACCCACAGCAGGAGCUGUCUGCCCCCAAGAGGCGGCCAUCUGCCCCUACUGCGGGCCGCCCCAGCCAUAAGGGCCGGCAGAGCGGUGGCUGCUAUGAGAGUGAUGAGGACUCCUGCCACAAGCACUUCAGGCAGAAGUCAGCAUCGCACUACAGUGAUUACGACUCUGGCAGCGACUGUUCACGGAGCCGCUCACGGUCAGGUCGGAGGCAUUCCUCCCGAAGGUCAUCUCAGAGGUCGUACUCAACAAGCUCCUAUGCCUCCUCGGACCACAGCCGGUAUAGCCGCCGGCGUAGCUACUCGGAGGACAGCUAUAGCGACUACAGUGACCGGUCGCGGAGUCGCACCAAACGUUCUCACGACUCAGAGGAUGAUUCAGACUACACUAGUUCCAAGCGCAGGUCAAAACGGCACAAAUAUUCUUCUUCAGAAGAUGACUACAGCCUAAGCAGGAGCAGGUCCCGGAGCCGAAGCAGAAGUCGGACCCACACCAGGGGAAGGACAAGGACGAGAAGUCGGGGCAGGACACGGAGCAGCAGCUGCAGCCGCAGUCGAAGUAAGCGCCGGAGCCACAGCCGGACGGGCCACAGCUGGAAAAGGAGCCGCAGCUACAGCCGGGAGCGCAGCCGGAGCACAAGGAGCCUCUCGCAGAGAUCCCUUUCCAGGAAGGGGUCCCGAGGUCACGAAAGCCCUGGCGAGAGGCGAUCCGGGCGGCGAGAUUUCAUCCGGUCCAAGAUCUAUCGCUCACAGUCUCCUCAGUAUCUCCGAGGAAGGCAAGGGGAGGGGCCUCCAAGAAAGGAGGAGGUGAGAGGAGAUGAAUCGAUGGGGGCCAGCAGUCUCUCCCAAAACAGUGGUGGAUCCAACUUGGGGAGCAACUGUAGCUCUGAGGAGAAGAACUCAGCUACAGCCAAGCUACUUCUGGAAAAGAUUCAGUCCCGGAGAGUGGAGAAGAAGGCUGGUGCGAAUGAGGACGCCCCAGGGCCCCACAAGCUUGGGAUAAAGCUGAAGGAUCCCCCCCAGGGCUAUUUUGGCCCAAAGCUCCCACCCUCACUAGGCAACAAGCCUGUCCUCCCAUUAAUUGGAAAGCUCCCCACAGUCCGAAAACCAUGCACCAAGCGAUGUGAGGAGUCUGGGCUAGAUAGAGGAGAAGAACCAGAACUGUCGGAGCACGAAGACGCCGCUCCGGAUGGUGGGGAAACGGUCCUGGCAAACCAGCCCCCGUUGGAAGAGGCUAUCGUGAGGAGGGUCCAGGAAUCCCUUCCCGGAGACCAGCCCACAGAAGAAGCAGCCCCAGAGGUGGCCCCUGUCCCCCUUGAGCCACCGGCGCUCCCGGAGUCCUACGGGCCAGGCGACCUGGUCGUGUCCCACGGCCUCCUCUCCGAUCCUAGCGAAAGCGAAGUGUUGGAGCCUUUGGACAGCGGGAACCAGCCUGUCUCCCUAGAAGGCAGGAUCGUGCCCUUAGUGCCUGAUGUUGAGCACUUCCCUGGCUACAUGCCCCAGAGUGGGGAGCCCAGCAUCAGCGGGGAGCUGGAAGGCGCUGAGGAUUCCUCCCUGGCCCCGCUGGAGAGUCAACCGAUCACUUUCACCCCCGAGGAGAUGGAGAAGUACAGCAAGCUCCAGCAGGCAGCUCAGCAGCACAUCCAGCAGCAGCUCCUGGCCAAGCAGGUCAAGGCCUUCCCGGCCUCUGCUGCUCUGGCUCCCACAGCGGCCCCUACCCUGCAGCCCAUCCACAUCCAGCAGCCAGCAGCUGCUGCCGCCACAUCCAUUACCACCGUACAACACGCCAUCCUUCAGCACCACGCAGCGGCUGCUGCUGCUGCCAUCGGCAUCCACCCCCACCCUCACCCCCAGCCCCUCGCUCAAGUGCAUCACAUCCCCCAGCCCCACCUGACCCCCAUCUCACUGUCCCACCUGACCCACUCCAUCAUCCCAGGGCAUCCUGCCACUUUCCUGGCCAGCCACCCCAUCCACAUCAUCCCUGCCUCUGCCAUCCACCCCGGCCCCUUCACUUUUCACCCUGUCCCUCACGCCGCCCUCUACCCAACCCUCCUGGCGCCCCGGCCAGCUACAGCGGCAGCUGCCACCGCAUUGCACCUCCACCCCCUUCUGCACCCCAUUUUCUCAGGACAAGAUUUGCAGCAUCCCCCAAGCCACGGCACAUGAGAGA